UUUCAGAUCAAUGGGCAAGAUGUCUCUCAAGCUUCACAUGAACGAGUGGUAGGAAUAAUCCGACAGUCAGGAGAUUUGGUUGCUAUGACUGUGGUUUCGGUCCUGACACCACCCACUGAUAAUAUAAGUGAUAAGUACACUACUACACAAAGGCAGUGUGCCACUCUACCUCGGAAACUAUCUCUUAAGAAAGCUCCCCCACCACCCAAACGUGAUCCUCGGACUACACUUUCUGUUGGAAGGAUACGAGCACGCUCUCUGGUUGCCGGACUUUCAGAAAUUGAAGUCUUGGACAGAACAAUAAAUGAAUAUGAUUCUGAGGGAAGAUCAACAAAAAGUAGUUCUAUUGAAAGCAUACCAAACAAACCAGGAAACAUAACAGCAGAAGGAAACAACAAGGUUGCUUCUAUUCGGUCUCGACCAAGUUCUCGGCGAAUCUCCACAGCCGAAUUAGAGGAUAUUUUUGCUCGUCAAAGAAGUGUGAAUGUUACAGGUCCAUAUGCUACAUUGGCAAAAAAGCCAACUCCUUCAGCUAAAAUGCCAAAGGUAUAUGGCAGUGUGGCAGCUAUGAAGCGUUCCAAAGCUUCACGUUGUAAGGUUUCUGAUGUGGUAAAAUUACACAAAGAAUUUCAUAGUACUCCAGAUCUUAAUAACAUGGAAAUUAGUGAUGAUCUGGCCCAUCUUAAAAAGAAAUGUAAGAGUCAGGAAGACGUCAGUGCUUUAAACAUCAAAAACAGUAGACAUUCAUGGGCUUGUCCUCCACAUAAUAAUAAUAAUAAACCAUUUGCCUCUUCUGUCCAAAAACACUUUGCAUCAUGCCAUGAAACAUGGAAGUCGAUUGAAGAAUUGUAUGAGCAAGUUAAAGAUACAAACAACAGGGAUAUUUUAACUAAUACUGAAGUUCCUUCACAGAUUUAUGCAGAAACUUUGUCUAUCCACCAGAAUGAUAAAAUGACAGCAUCACCAAGAACUAAGUGCCCUCCUCCAACACACCAUCCACCUCCACCUCCACAAGGACAGGUAGUGAAAGUCGAUGUCUCAAGAACAUUAGGAGAGUAUGCUAAUAUUACUGCCAUCAGAAAACAGGACUGUAUGGUAAUGUCAAGUUUUCGUCCUGGAGAUAGUGCCAAACUUUAUGCUUCUCCGGAGUCAGUAAUGCCUGUUGGUUACAAAUCUAGACCUGAGACUCGAAAGCUUGAGCACUGUCAUCCCAGAAGAGGUGGUGGUGGCUCUAGUCUGAGAUCUCAUUCUUUACCUCCAAAAAUACCAGUACCAAAACUGCUAAAUACUCCAAGUAAUACCUCCUCAGAAACUGAUAAUAAUGGAGAUUCUGGAGCAAUCUACUCCACAUUUAGGUUGCAUAACAAACAAAGAGAUUCUAUAUCUUCUAAUGGCAGUUCGAUGUCUGAAAAAGUGACUUUGAAAUCACAGAAACCUCUGGCAGAUAGUGUUACCUUUACUUCUGCAAGCAGCGUUCUCCAUUCCCACAAAAAUCUGCAUUGUGAAUUGUCAGAACCUUAUAUCCCAGAACCUGAUUAUGAAAGUAGUGAAGAUAAUGAACAAGAAGUUUGUCUUCUUUCUAAAUGCAUAAAAAAUGACACAACUUUCCUUCAAGACAAAGAAAAAGUCUUGGCUGAUGGUUCAAACUAUCCUAAACCACAGAGUCCCCACACAGAAGCAAAGCGAGCAAUCCAAGAAGCAAGAGAACGACUCAGGUUUACUCAGAAAUUUAAAAGUAAAACAACUAAUAGUCAUGAAUCAAUUUACAGUACUACUAAAACUAUCCAUGAUACCACAUUAUCCUACAGUUGUCUUGAUAGUCAAAACUCCUCUUCAGUUGUCAAUGAGAAUUCACAAGAUAAUAAUUCAAAGACAUUCCAAAUCACUGAAGAAACGCAUUCUAUAUCUCAUAAACGUUCAGAUAAAGAAAAAGCUGAUACCAAAAACUUGCAUACAUCAGAAGAUACUCUGAAUGGUAAAAAAAUAGAUUUGUGUGUAAACUCUUCAUGUUCAGUCAAAGAAAAUAUAUCUGCUUUUGAAGAAAAAGAAAUCCUUACUAAAUCUGCUACCUUACCAUCCAGGAAGAAUGAUGGUAUACGUAUAGCACUAACUGGUGCCCAACACAGGACAGAAACUCACCAAAAAGAAGUAUCCUCUCCUUUGAAUUCUCCCAUAAGACCAUCUAAGUCAUUUCCUAAAAACUUCAUACAUGAAGAUGUUGAAAAGUAUGAGAAUAGUUCUAGUGGUGUGUCAUCAGAUGUUGAAGUACAAAGUGAGUGUGUUGUAAUGGGACCUCUCAAUGGCCAAAUUUCAAAAAAAUUUCAAAAACAAAAUUCAGUGGGGAAAAAAAAAGGAUGUAUUGACAAUACUUCCAAACAAGUGGUACCAAAGGAACAGAAUUUGCUAGGUAAAAGCAUAAAUGUGAAUUCUGUUGAAGAUAUUUCUACAAUUAUAUCUGUCUCCAAGAUCAACAUUGGUAAAUUACCUGCUUAUAACCAUGAAACUAUAUCCUGUGUUAAGGGAGCUGCUUCCAGUUUAGGACAGAGUCAGAACAAAAGUUCUGCAGUUAAAGUUAUCAAACCACAAGAAAAUGAAAGCUUGAACAAAAGCCAGUGUUCACCUACUCCUGUUAAAGAAAUAAACAUUAGAAGUGUCAGUAUUGUCUCGGAUAGUAAAGCUAAGUUGAGAAAGGUGUCAGAUGAAAAUCUGAAGUUAAGCCAAAGUAUUGAUGAAAGUCUUCAGAUGAUCAGACUUCAAGUAGACUCCUUAGGUCGAGCAGCAGUAAAUGAGGUAGAUGUAUUCACAGAACUUGUACCUCCUCCACCUGAAUUUGCUGCACCCCCAUCUUCAUACAGUUCCACUGAACAGUUUUCAUCAAUGAUUGCACCACCUCUUGAAUUUUCUGAUGGCAGUGCAAGAAAAUCUGCCAAAAAGGUUUUGUCUAAUGUCCAACGAUUUUCAUCCACUGCUAGUAACUCUUCUGGUCAAAUGGGAUCUCCUGAUGUUCAGAGGACUAGUUAUUCUUACAAAGAUGAUUCCUAUCAGACAGUUUCAGGCUCCAAGGUUGUUCAAACCUCACAGCACAGUGACAUGGCAUACAUGGGAAGUCCAUCAAAAGCUCAAAUGAAUGAUAAGGAUCCUCAUCUAGCCACUACUAUGGUGAAGCAGUUAGGAACCCGUGUCUUACCAUAUAGCAUCCCUUCAAGUAGAUUUCCCAUGAAUCGUUUAACUUCUUCUCCAGUACAAAGUAUUGGUGAUAAAGUAGUGAUGAAGUCAAUCCAUAAAGCAUUUCACCAGAAGCCAUUGCUAGAGUGGAAUAACAAGGAUGUUUCAGACUGGCUAGAAAGUUUAUUUUUACCUGAAUACAAAGCUCGCUUUGUAGAAGCGGGAAUAACAGGUGCAAAGUUGAUUAAUAUUGACAGUAAUGAUCUAAUGGGGCUUGGCAUUAAAAAAGUCAGUCAUCGUUUAAAUAUAGAGCGAUCUAUUAAGCACUAUAUGAAAUAGUGACACUGUUUAUGAUAUUACUAUAGAAGUUUUUACAAUUUCAGUUUACUUUUGUCAAAUGCUGUUGUAUAUACAUAUGAAAUAGUGACUUUCAGCUUGUUUUUUAUUUAACAUUUAAUUGGAACAAUGAUGGGAAACAGUGCAUUUUUCUAUACAAAGUACAAAUUUUAUUGUUCAACAUAAACAUUACAUGGCUAAGUCUUUAGUGUGUUUAGAUUGUGUUUUAGUCAAGCAGCUCAUAACAUAUUGAUUAAUCAAGAACAUUGUACUUUUAAAAAGAUCUGGUAAAUUUAUAUAGAUGUUUUUAUAGAUAAUGUCUUUACUACUAGAGAGUGGUAUAUGAGUGAUAGUAAUUGAGAAUUUUUAUUACAUUAAACCUUUGAAUUUUGUUACUUUAAACUUUGCAUGCACAACACAUUAAAGGUUCAUACUCAUAUUUGUAUAUAGAGUAACAAUCAGAUAAAUUUGCAUAUGUUUGUAGAGUCAGCAAGUUAUAAAUAGUGCAGAAAAGCUUAGCAUGCACUAAAGAUAACUUCAAGUUGUGACUGAAAACAAAUAUAAAAUAGUCUGUCCAUCUUCUCAGGUAGUUAAUGACAAGUGUGCUUCUCAAAGGUAUUCUUCACAGAAUUUUGAUGUGGCUUUCAGUAGUUUGUUUGUGAUUCAAGCUUGGAAUAUUUCUAGUAAAUUUUACAGAAUUAAUUUGAAUAACUCACCAUAAAUUAGAAUAUCACUGUUACUUACUAGAUUAAUCCUUUUGUAUAUAAAAUAAUACUUCAGAAUUGGACUUCAUUAACACAGUGUUAAAAUUAUUGAAAAACACAGUUUUAGUGUUAUGUAGUUUAUGACUCUUCAAGAUUUGAAUAAACAGCCUAAUAUCACAAUCGCUCAAGUUAUGUAUAUAGAUGUUUAGUAUACUCUCUAACUGUUUGUAAGCUUAUUUUUUUAAUUUCAAAAUCUUUUAUCAUAUUGAACUUUUAACAGCAAAUGAAAAUUAUGGCCUUAGUAAUUAAAUUGAAAGAUAACAAGUUUAAGAUGGGUUUUUGCAAAAGCCUAAUAAAUUUGAAUUGGGUAACACAGGUAAAUGAAGUGUAGAUUUAUAUUACAAAUAAAUGUUCAAGUUGAUUAACAAAAAUAUAAUUUUAAAGAUGUGAAGUGGCUAUUUUUGUUUGAUUUUUUUAUUGUGUAAGAUUCCUAUUGAUAAAGUAAUAUACAAAAUCUCAUCCUUAGGAGAAUUAAAAGUGACGUUUUGCACUUAUGAAUGUGUUAUGUUCAGACAAUCCAGGUUAAUCUCAUUUCACUGAUUAUAAUAAAACUUCACAACCUUUUUUUUUAAUACCAAGAGUAUUAAAUUAUAUGAAAAUGUGUUUUUGACUUAGCUUGAUUUAACAAAGGUUUUUAUAAAAAAUAUUAGUUUAUCAGACAUAUUUUAAAGAAAAAGCAAACACCAAACUUCAAUCUUAAAUCUCAAGAGAAAAUCCCUUUCUUUAAGAUUUAAAUUUUUGAGUACACGUUUUAUACUGCACAUCCAUCAGCACUUUUAUAGAAAUUAUUUUAAAAGAAUAAUAAGUAGCUGUGUAAACGCUUCCUCAAACAACAAAAUUAUUUCAAGUAACAGCCUAAUUUCUAAAAAUUGUAACCAUGAAUUGUGGAGUACACAAAAUCAAAUCUCCAGCUUGUACAUUCUAUUUAUUUCUAACUAGGGAGGGGGGGGGGAUUGUGCAAAGAAGUCAGAAAAUAAUUGUAUCUGUCACUAUCUAAGGUGUGCUCAGAUGAAGUAUAAUUAGUGAUUCCUGUUGUAAUAGUUUUGCCUGUAAUAUAAUCUGUGUAUAUAAAUAAAUAAAAAUAUAUAUAUAUAUACAUGUAUAGUUCUAGGCUUGUGGUCAGUUGUAAUAAUUUUAAAUUUGUGUUAUGCGAUAUCUCUCCAUUCUUUACCAGUUGAUUAUUGUGGUGUUGUAUAUGCUUGUUUAAAUAUUUAUAACAUGAAUUUAGCAGUGUUGUGUAAAAAAUGUGUAUCAUGUAAAAUAUAAGUUGUGGUAAAAGCCAUCAGUUUAAGCUGUAAUUGGUUUUCACAGAGAUGUAAAAUCAUUUGUAGUAGAUUUAUUGUGGAUCUGCAUUCAACUUUGUGAUCAUAACUUUUAGAUUGUAAAGAUGUUAUUAAAAGUGGACAGUUUUUCCAGAAACUUUUAAGA